GCGUGGAGGAGACCGCGGGCGGCCGCCGGCAGGGAGCGACGAGGAGCUUACCCAGCGCUGCGCGAGGGCGCACGCCUUGGCACAGCAAGGCGAAGUCUCGGCGGCGCGCCAGGCCCUCACGGCCAGCACGAUCGCGCCAGGAACCGAGGCCACGCUGGCGGAGCUGCGGGACCCAGCACGACGGCUCGCCGAACCGCGGGAGCCGCUGAGAGCGGACCUGGCAGCGUUGGCCGCGGAGCCCAUCCUCCUCGAGUCCGACAAGCUCCUCCGCAAUCUCCGCGGCUGCCGCAGGGGGGUCGCCCUAUCCACUACAGCGGGCACGGAAUGCGCGGCGCACCUCAUCCAGAGCUUGACGCAGGCCAACCCAGAGGCGACAGUGCUCUCCAUUGACGGCAUUGGCGCGUUCGAGAUCAUGUCGCGCUACGCCAUGCUCCAGGGGUUGGCGGGCCUCCCGGCCGCGAGCUCAGCGCUGCCCUUCUGCAGAAUGUUCUACGGGCCCCGCUCGCAAUACCUCUGGACCGACCGGCACGGGGGCGCCCACGUAGUGGAGCACGCCAGAAGCGCACUCCAGACGCACUGCGGCAUCGGAGUCAACAUGGGCAAGACGAAGGUCUGGAACGCAGCAGCAGUGCUUGGUGGCAUCGGCACGCCCAUCGGGCACGAAGACUUCGUCCGCCACCACACGCGCUCCCUGCUGGCAGACCACCGCGUUCUCCUGCACCGGCUGAGCCAAGUUGGUGACCUCCAGACCGCCUGGCUGCUCCUGAGCAUGUGCGCCAACCCGCGGACCAAUUUACCUAACAGCGAAGACUGA